UAUAACAAAGUAUGCGUGUUGUAUAGGUCAGUCUGAUGCGGUCAGAAACAUCAAAAUGAAGUGCCUGUCCAUCAUCCUCCUUUCCUGCAUCUUGGCCUUCGCCAGCUCCCACCCCUACGGAGUCGGCAUGGGCGGGCUCGGAGGGGGGUACGGGGCCUCAGGCCAGAGUUUCGGAAACCAGAACUUCAACAGAGGAAGCCAGGGGUUCGGACAGGAAGGGUUCCAGCAGGGAGGAGCGAUGCACGGUCACAACCGUGGUCAUCAGUCUUCUGGCUUUACUCAGAUAACCCAGGCCCACACUAACUCUGGCCACGACAUCGGCGGAGGCAGUUCCUUCGGCGCUGGAGGCCACAGGGCCGGCGGGUUCAGUAACCAAGCCGGCGGGCAGUCCAGCUUCGGUAACGGGUUCAAUUCCGGCGGCGGCUACAUGCCUUACAAAUCCAAGGAUUAAUUUGUGAAAAGUAGUAUUAAUAAAUUUUAACGAACUUU